AUGUCCAGCGUUAAAAGACGAAAGGAUGGCAUCUCAACAGAAUUAUCAGGGCGAGAUAAGAAGAAACAACGGAUGGCUGAAGCCCGAGAAAUUCCAGUGCAGGCAGCGGGGCCGUCCACACCCGCUCAAACUGGCCCAGCGAAGGUCGUCCCCACAAAUAACAGUCUAGCAGGACUCCCGACCGCGAUCGACGUCGAGAAAUUUGCCGAAGCACGGGCAUUCGAAAUUAACGCGAUGCAUACGGCGAUGAAAAGCGCGAGGUGGAUCCUGGAUUAUCCUGCCCACAAGGCUAAAUACGAGCUGCAAGCCACGAUGUUCGGCGGGUUCCACUUCAUGGACGCAAAGCCAAAGAAAUCGACUCGCCUCCCCAAGAGAGGGAAGUCAAAAGUGGUCACUCGGACAGAUAGUUUUCUCAGUCGACAGAAGGAUAUCGCAUGGCUGGAAACCCAUUUGUGGCAUUGCAAGAGAAUGCAUAUGGAGGAUAUAUGGGGAUUCAAAUUGGCAACACAUCCUACCGAAAAGGCUUAUAGGCCAUCCCAUCGUGCUGCAGUGCAAGGAUCCAUUAUUCACGAUGCCAGUUACUACUCUCUUGUCGAGCUACGGGGUCCAGAGAACGUGCUCGUCCCAGUGUUGGAGUUAUGUUGCGACCCACAGAGUCCCAGUCCAGGAUCAAUAAGGUUCAAGACGGGGGCAAGAACAUUGGAAACACACGUAUACCAGCCUGGCGCCUAUCCAUACGACUUGAUUUCGCCCAUCUCCAUCAUAUGGCAACCGCUCGACGUGAAUAACGGCCAGGAAAAGAGUCUCCCUUCAUCCUCGAAACCUACCCAGGCCCCAACGAUAACUUCGUCGACCCAAAUCCCACAUGGGAAACUCUCUGCCCAAACCAGGUGCAUCUGGCUACGCUUUCACCCGUCUGCGCACGAUGAAGUAGUGGGAGCUCUGAAAACGGCAGCAUCUCAACACCUCGCGACGUUAUCUAACGGUCCGGAAGUCCAAAUACAAGUGACAGAACUCAAGGAUCAAAUUAACGUUUUCGAGUUCAUGGGCCCAAAGUCCUGCCAGGUCCUCAAGGGGGCUCUCAACCCCGUGUUUGAUGAGGAAGGUAAGACGGAGAGCAAAAAGUUUUGGUCAUCGCUGGGAGAUGUGCAAACAUCUGGAUCUCUUCCGCGGAAUAUGGUGGUAGGGUUGAAGGUCUACGACCCGCGCUUGAAGUUUCCUCCCAGAAAUGCAAAGCCAAAAGCGACUGAUGCCACAGAUUUGCACCCGCCUACGCACAUUUUUCCCUCUGUGUCAUUAGCCAGAUCUGAACUCUGGGACGAGUCUGUUCGGCUUGGCCUUGCCAAACCGCGGUACCAGAAAAAGGAACUUGACAUACGACGCGCAAAUAAUCCAAUCCCCGGCACAGAGCUCAAACCCUUACGUCAAGACGACCGAGUCCCAAUCAUCCUCGUUCAACGUUCUCUAGAAGCUCAAGGCGACCAUUCGACGAGAAGCGAAUCCCUCCACGGGUGGACGGUGAUUGUUCCGUCCGGAUGGGGAAUGGCAUUCUGGAAUUCACUCAUAUUCACUGGAACACGCGUUGGAGGACAACGAGAACGACAAGUGCAAGCCUACGAAUCUGGGACGCCUUACUUCCCUCGCGAUUACAUCUUUACUUCGGCGUAUAACACGUUCUCAAAGAAGAGGGAGGACGAAUUGAGGACGAAUUGGGAGAGGAAACCCCCAGCCAAGCGGGUGAACUACGAUAAACUGGGAGUCAUCCACCCAUGGCUACCAGAAUGGAAUCGCAUACUCGGCCUGCCAGAACCACCAACGGUGUCCGAAGGAUUCGUACCCGCCGAAAGGGAGGAGCAGCAGAUGGACGUCGAUUCUGUCGAUCAGGGCGUCAAGCCCUGGCUCUUUAGGGGCGCGGAGCUGCGCAAAAUUGUGGAAAGCGUGUCAUCCAGCUUCAUGCAGACCACUUUCUUGGACGAAAUUAACCGCCUUCGGUCACAGCGAGGACUCGGCCCUUUGGAUGGCGGGGCGUCCAGAAGCGUGCAGCUUCUCCAGGGAGCCCUCGUCACCGUAAGGGUGACGAUGACUUCUCGGGGGACGCCUGACGAUAUGGGUAUCGUGUAUUCCAUGAAGGACGACGAGGUUAACGAGGAGUUGAAGAAACUGGCGAAUCCGAAAAAGCGGCUCGUAGAUCCGGAGGACGAAGAAGAGAGCGGGGAUGAAGAAGAGUGGCCAUCGUCGGACAGGAUAAUAGGCCGAAUCACGACCGGUCAUUACUCGCUGGCUCGAGGGGGCGGGUUUGCCAUUGCAGCUGUCCCUCUUGUGAAAAUGCUGGAACUGAAGAAGCAAAUGACAAGGUGA